GUGGCUUGUGUAAACAUUACACAGAAGAAGAGGAAAAACACGUCGAAGGCGUUUUGGGCUAAAGGCUACAGCAUUGCUGUUAAAUAACUAGUUGUUUGUGGCUGAGAUUAAUUCACUGUUUUUGUUAAAUGUAAUGUUUACAGCUGUCGGUCUCCUCGACUGGACCUAUGAGCAGAAAAGAGCGACUUACUGAUCAGUCCUGAGCUAUGUGAGGAAGUGCAGAAGCUCACUCUGGCAGCUUCCCCGGCGGCGUUCACCACGGCGGUAAACAUCAAACCCACCGUGUGCAGGGUGGUCAUCUACCUCCAGAGGGACAUGUCAGGAGACAGCUGCCUGCACCCGCUACGGCCUCAGGCCGAACCUGUCCUCUCCGUCACUUCAACCGAAUGUCCCAAGAUCAAGAGUUGCAGCCAGCGUGGCGUGGCAGGAAGCAAAUAUGUCCGCCUCAACGUGGGAGGAGCGCUCUACUAUUCCACUGUGCAAGUGCUUACGCGACAGGACACAUUGCUCAAGUCCAUGUUUAGUGGCAAGAUGGAGGUCUUCACCGACAAGGAAGGUUGGAUUUUGAUAGACCGCUGUGGGAAACACUUCGGCUCGAUUCUCAGCUACUUGCGGGAUGGAACCGUAACUUUGCCCAAGAGCACGCAGGGUGUCAUGGAGAUUUUCACUGAGGCGAAGUAUUAUCAGAUCCAGGGGCUGGUGGAGUUGUGUCAACAUGCACUUCAGGACAACAUGCAGAAAGCCCUGUGCGUUAUCCCCGUCAUCACGUCUCAAAAGGAAGAGGAGAGAUUGAUACAGGGUUGUACGAAGCCUGCAGUAAAGCUACUCUACAAUCGAGGAAACAACAAAUAUUCCUACACCAGCAACUCUGAUGACAACUUGCUCAAGAACAUCGAACUGUUCGAGAAGUUGUCGCUGAGCUACAACGGACGCGUGCUGUUCAUUAAGGAUGUAAUCGGCGAUGAGAUCUGCUGCUGGUCCUUCUACGGGCAGGGCCGCAAAUUAGCCGAAGUCUGCUGCACAUCCAUUGUCUAUGCUACUGAGAAAAAGCAGACCAAGGUGGAGUUUCCUGAGGCUCGUAUCUACGAAGAGACACUAAAUGCUCUGCUUUACGAGACACUCCCAAUUCCUGACAACUCUCUCCUGGAGGCCACGCGCAGGCGGGCUCACUGCUGCUCACACAGCGAGGAGGACGAGAGUGUGGAGCUGAGAGAGCGAGUACGACGCAUACACAUUAAGAGAUACAGCACCUACGACGACAGACCACUGGGACAUUAGCUGAGAACCGAGAGUCUUCUCCACUAAAGGGCGAAAGCUUGCACAGUCUGCUGAGAGCUCACGUACACACGUUCGGGACACAUUGUCGAGUGUGAGCAAAAUGAUAACACUAUACUCAGACCAGUGUGUGAGCCACGAAUGAUCACAUCGGGGUGUCAUGCAAGUCCAUUGAAUUCAGAUAGAUCAUUUAGACCGGUACUUAUUUUUUGGGGGGAAACGCACACGUGCCAGUUUUCUGGUGACGUAUACUUAAGUGUACUGAACAGCAUGAAAGUGUGAGCUUUCGCCCACAGGCGAAAAUUCCGUGAGAAAUAUCACACUACAGGCAACUCUCUUCUUGACAAUUUUUUAACCACUGAUUUAACGCUGCCAUAUCACAACGACGAAUCCUGACAAUCUCAUCAAAAAAAAUAACGAUCAGAUUCUUUCUGUUUAGUUGUGUAGUGAAAAAGGACCAGCACCUUUGUAGAAUGAUAGUGAUUUUAACCUCCUUUAAAAAUGUUUUUAUUUUAUUGUAUUUUUUAUUUUUUAGCUCUGUAUAGACACUAGAAUCGAAAUGACUGAUAUACCACUUCUUGAAUAACCAGCAUUGGUUUAAAAAAAAACAACAACCUAAUCCUAUAAUGUGAACACACAUAGCAAGGCUUGCUGGUGUUUUUAAAAUCGUAUUUAUUUAUCUAUCUCCGAAUUGUAAUACUAGCAACUUUUAUUUUUGAUCAAAACAUAAUGCAAACUAAUUGAGAAAAUAGCAAGGAACGAGCAUAAAUUUGCUGCACCUUUGUGACUUUUUCUCUCCGUUGAUUAUUUUAGGAUGCCUUCGAGCCACUCGUGCCUUCCUGUGUUUUAAGCAAACAGAAGUGAGCCCGAGGUCAAAAUAAGAUCCGAAUUGAGAUCUAAUGACGUAAUGGAGGAAUCGGUGAAAAUUGAAUACAGAAUGUGCUUUUGGAGUUCACUAAUUAUAUAUUUGUGAUUCUUGAUAAAUGAUAUAUUUUUGUUAAAUCUGUAGGUUUAUUUUAUCAAGCCUUUCAUACUCUUUAUAAAAGAUUUUAUUUAUACGGACUACGUGUGGAUCUUUAACUUGUCCUCAUAUGUUGAAAAAAAAGAAAUAGGUGUAUUGCUGAAAUUUCACAAUUCUAGUGGACGAUCUUGCUCUUCGUUUUCAGGAACCUACUUUUAGAGGUCUUUUAGAGCCGGGACAAAAACAUCAAAAACGUGCCUGUUUAUAGAAUAGUAAUAGAGUCUUUGGCACUGUUGUAUGCAAUUGUUCGAUACACCCAUUUCCCAAUUUAAUAAGAGCACCUGUACUCAGUCGUGCAAUUAUCCAAUCAGCCAUCCAAUCAUGUAGCAGUAGCUCAGUGCAUAAAAUCUUGUAGAUACAGAUGGAGGUUCAGUUAAUGUUCACAUCAAACAUCAGAGUGGGGGAAAACAUCUGUGAUGAGACCUCAGUGUCCUUGACUAUGGUACGGUUGGUGCCAGAUGGGCUG